CACCUGGGCGGUCACGGUUGAGCCAGGCUGCGGCAAUACGCACGCGAUGGAGGGCGAGGGCCGGGGCCGGUGGGCGCUGGGGCUGUUGCGCACCUUCGAUGCGGGCGAAUUCGCAGGCUGGGAGAAGGUGGGCUCGGGCGGCUUCGGACAGGUGUACAAGGUGCGCCACGUGCACUGGAAGACAUGGCUCGCGAUCAAGUGCUCGCCCAGUCUGCACGUCGACGACAGGGAACGCACGGAGCUGCUGGAGGAAGCUAAGAAGAUGGAGAUGGCCAAGUUCCGCUACAUUCUCCCCGUGUAUGGCAUAUGCCAGGAACCUGUUGGCUUGGUCAUGGAGUACAUGGAGACAGGCUCCCUGGAGAAGCUGCUGGCCUCAGAGCCAUUGCCUUGGGACCUGCGCUUCCGCAUUGUGCAUGAGACAGCCGUGGGCAUGAACUUCCUGCAUUGCAUGUCCCCGCCACUGCUGCACCUAGACCUGAAACCAGCAAACAUCCUGCUGGAUGCCCACUACCAUGUCAAGAUUUCUGACUUUGGGCUGGCCAAGUGCAAUGGCAUGUCCCACUCUCAUGACCUCAGCAUGGAUGGCCUGUUUGGCACAAUCGCCUACCUCCCUCCAGAGCGAAUUCGUGAGAAGAGCCGGUUGUUUGACACCAAACAUGAUGUAUACAGUUUUGCCAUCGUGAUCUGGGGCGUGCUUACACAGAAGAAGCCAUUUUCAGAUGAGAAGAACAUCCUACACAUCAUGAUGAAAGUGGUGAAGGGCCACCGCCCAGAGCUGCCACCCAUCUGCAGACCCCGGCCGCGCGCCUGUGCCAGCCUGAUAGGGCUCAUGCAACGGUGCUGGCAUGCAGACCCACAGGUGCGGCCCACCUUCCAAGAAAUUACCUCAGAAACCGAAGACCUCUGUGAAAAACCUGACGAGGAGGUGAAAGACCUGGCUCAUGAGCCGGGUGAGAAAAGUUCUCCAGAGCCCAGGAGUGAGGCCAGGCCUGAGUCCUCACGCCUCAAGCGCGCCUCUGCUCCCCCCUUCGAUAAUGACUGCAGUCUCUCCGAGCUGCUGUCACAGCUGGACUCUGGGAUCUCCCAGACUCUUGAAGGCCCCGAGGAGCUCAGCCGGAGCUCCUCAGAAUGCAAGCUCCCAUCGUCCAGUAGUGGCAAGAGGCUCUCGGGGGUGUCCUCCGUGGACUCCGCCUUUUCCUCCAGAGGAUCACUGUCACUGUCAUUUGAGCGGGAAGCCUCGACGGGCGAUCUGGGCCCCACAGACAUCCAGAAAAAGAAGCUAGUGGAUGCCAUCGUGUCAGGAGACACUAACAAGCUGAUGAAGAUCCUACAGCCCCAAGACGUGGACUUGGUUCUGGACAGCAGCGCCAGCCUGCUGCACCUGGCUGUAGAGGCUGGACAGGAGGAGUGUGUCAAGUGGCUGCUGCUUAACAAUGCCAACCCCAACCUGACCAACAAGAAGGGCUCUACACCGCUACAUAUGGCUGUGGAGAGGAGGGGGCGUGGAAUUGUGGAGCUACUGCUGGCCCGGAAGACCAGCGUCAAUGCCAAGGAUGAAGACCAGUGGACCGCCCUGCACUUUGCAGCCCAAAAUGGGGAUGAGGCCAGCACAAGGCUGCUACUAGAGAAGAAUGCUUCUGUCAAUGAGGUUGACUUCGAGGGCCGAACGCCCAUGCAUGUAGCCUGCCAGCAUGGACAGGAAAACAUUGUUCGCACCCUGCUCCGCCGUGGUGUGGACGUGGGAUUGCAGGGAAAGGAUGCCUGGUUGCCUCUGCACUAUGCUGCCUGGCAGGGCCACCUGCCCAUUGUUAAGCUGCUAGCCAAGCAGCCUGGGGUGAGUGUGAAUGCCCAGACACUAGAUGGUAGGACACCCCUGCACCUGGCUGCUCAGAGGGGGCACUACCGUGUGGCUCGCAUCCUCAUAGACCUGAGCUCUGACAUUAACAUCUGCAGCCUGCAGGCACAGACACCUCUGCAUGUUGCCGCAGAGACUGGACACACUAGUACUGCCAGGCUACUCUUGCAUCGUGGUGCUGGCAAGGAGGCUUUGACCUCAGAGGGCUACACUGCCCUGCACCUGGCAGCCCGGAAUGGACACCUAGCUACUGUCAAGCUGCUCAUAGAGGAGAAGGCUGACGUGCUGGCUCGGGGGCCCCUGAAUCAAACAGCACUGCACCUGGCUGCUGCCCGUGGACACUCAGAGGUGGUAGAAGAGCUGGUCAGUGCUGACCUCAUUGACCUGUCUGAUGAGCAGGGCCUCAGUGCACUACACCUGGCUGCUCAGGGCAGGCAUUCACAGACUGUGGAGAUACUGCUCAAACAUGGAGCACACAUUAACUUGCAGAGUCUCAAGUUCCAAGGAGGCCAGAGCUCUACUGCCACACUGCUCCGACGCAGCAAGACCUAGCUUGCCAGCCACAGAACCAGGGCUCCAUGUAGGCUUCUGGUCCAUCCUUGUUCCCUCAUGGGGACGGGAUGGUCCUGGGACACUGCUCACCCUGUUGGUGGCCUGCCCAUACACCGACCAAGCAGAGGCUAAUGGACAAGGCAGUAGUAGCAGAGUCAGGACAGAGGCUGCCUACCACCAACUGCUGACCUGCAUAGCCAGUAUCUGAUAUCAGAUGGGAUUAGGUUGGUGUCAUGUCACUGUGGUAUUGAAUGGCCGCUGAUGCAGGCCUUUUAUGACAAAGCCUAUACAAGAAUGUGCCCUCUGUCCCAGAGCGAGCCACUUCUGCUUGCUUGGCGCAUGGCGUCUUCAGGAGAGAUGUGGGAAGGGCAGUGUCCUUUGUCUUCUCGUUGCGAUGGGCAGAGUAUCUGUCUCUGAAGCCAUAGUGGGUUCUUUAUACAUGAGUGACAUGAUAGCUUUGCUUGAGACCUCUGAGGAUCUGAUUGAUGGAGUCUAGAAAGGGAAUGAUUAUAAAACCACAGGGCUGGUCCUAACACUGAACAACCUUACCAGCGUGAAAACAAUGUUUCAUUUGGGUUGUUUUUUUGUUUCUGUUUUUAGUUUUGAUGUCUAGGUCACCACGCCUCUUUCCCCCACUUUCCCUGCUGAGUUCUCACCUAAAACAUCAGAGCCAUAUAUAUAUAUAUAUAUGUUACAGGAAAAUUCUUUGUAAAUGGGUUUUAUACUAAAAAUUGUUUAGUCAAACAGUUCACUUUUUCAGGCUCUUUUGGUGAAGUGAUGGUUUGUGCCAAGGGCAUUGCUGACUUGCCCUGGGGCAACUCAUGCCGUGUUCCAGCCACAGAUGAAUGUGGCUCAGGGUGGCCUUUAGAGAUGGUCAUGCUCUGAGAAGUCAGAUUUGAUAGCCUUUGUUGUACCUUCUGUGUUCUGAACACUUCACCGUAGAAGUGACCCGUGUGCAGACACAUGCUGUAGCAUGGCGUGUGGCACAGAAUGGUAUUAAUGUACUGUGUACUUUGAUAUGAAUCGUGGACAGGAUGCCUUUUCAUGACGGGACGUAGUGGAGCUGGCUAUGUUUUAGUAUGCCUCAGUUCGUCUUCACUGCCUCCCCGCUCUUGUGUAAAAAAAAAAACAGAGACCAUGGGAGAUGUCGAUUGAUUGAUGUCAAUAAAGGACUCACCU